ACUGUGGGACCACAGCCAGGGUGAGAGAGGGUUUCCAAGCUCCGUGGUCCUUUCAUCCUGCAGAAGCCCCACGUUUCCAAACAUUUUAAAGCAGACUGUAAGGUUUUUGUUUUGUUUUUCCCCCUGGCCCUUUCCUCAGAACAGCACUGAACCCCCGUGGUGUUCCCACCGGAGAGGAAGAUGCGCCCAGCCGGGAGCGGACACAUUGUCCGGACCCCGCGGGAGGAGGAGGAGGAAGAGGAGAGGAGCACGUUGUUGUAACCGGGAGACACGCACAGGCUGCUGCGGCGGCGGCACCACCUGACACGCUUCUCCUCGUUUCGCGUUGUUCUCCUCCUCGGGGUGUCUGACGCUCCUCUGACGUGUUGACCGACUUCUUUGUCUUUGUUUGGAUUCAGUCUUCAGCAAAGAUGAGCGAAGAGGUGUCAGAGGUUCCUAAAGAGCUCCUGGAGAGUGUGAGGGAUGCAGUGGGGAGGAAGGUGAAGUUGUCAUUGAGGAAACGAGUCAAACUGGAGAUCAAAGGAGACAAGAUGGAGAACAGAGUCCUGGCUCUGGCUUCUCACCGUGCCUACCUCUUAACAGCACGCAUUCCCGCCAAGGUGGAACACAACUUUAAUUAUCUGGAGAUCCAGGGAGUUACUUGCAACAAGCCAACACAGCUGUUUAUAGAGUAUGAGCGUGGYUCGUUCUUCCUGAAGCUGCCCUCCACUGAAGAGGUUAAUGAGGUGGUUGCUCACAUCGGAAACUGUCUGCUCAAGAUAUGUCCCGGUUUAUCCCCGAGUAAAGUAAUGAAGAAACUCUCAAUGGAGCCUCCAGACAGGCUGACGACUCUGCUGACUUUGUGGGACAACAACAAACCAGCUGAACCUGGACCCUGUGGUGGGUUUUCUCAGAUGUACAGAUGUGUGUGUGACUGGUUGGGGCUGCCUUACAGAGAGGAAGUCCAGUGGGAUGUUGACACCAUCUACUUGACACAAGACACCAGAGAACUCAACCUGCAGGACUUCAGCCAUCUAGAGAACAGGGAUCUUGUAGCUAUUAUAGCAGUCCUGGAAUUUAACCAGUGGUUCACCAAGCUCUCUACCAAGGAUUACAAACUGUCUGCAGAUGUGUGUGAGCAGAUAUUUCGAGUGGUGUCUCGAUCCAGUCGACUAGAAGAGUUGGUUCUGGACAACGCAGGACUCAAAACUGAGUUUGCACAGAAGCUGGCUGCCGCCCUGGCCCACAACCCGAGCUCAGGACUCAUUACCAUUAAUGUCUCCAACAAUCCUCUGGAGGACAGAGGUGUCUCCUCACUAGGUGCUCAGUUUGCCAAACUUCGUAUGGGGCUCAAGCAUUUAAACUUUUCUAAAACCUCCCUGUCACCUAAAGGGGUGAACAGCCUUUGCCAGUCACUGAGUGCCAACCCGUCCAUCCCCAGCAGCCUCGUCCAUCUGGACCUCUCAGGGAACAUGCUCCGAGGAGACGACAUGCAGCACUUCUACAACUUCCUCGGCCAGCCCAACAGCCUGGUGACUCUUGACCUCUCCAACACGGACUGCUCCUUGGAUCAGGUUUGCUCGGCUCUGCUGCGAGGCUCGGUCCAACACCUCUCUGUUCUAAAUGUGUCAAAGAGUGUCUUCCCUCACAGGAAAGGCAAAGAGGUUCCUCCCUCCUUUAAGCAUUUCUUCAGCAGUGCCGAGUCUCUCAGCUCCAUCAACAUGUCAGGAACCAAACUGCCGCCAGAGGCCCUGAAAGCUCUUCUACUUGGCCUGGCCAGUAAUCCCAGUGUGAAGGAUGUGUCUCUGGAUCUCAGCUGCUGUGAACUUGGCCAUUGUCUGCGGUCUGGGGGUUCUCAAAUCCUUGAGAGUUGUAUUGCUGAGAUCCCAAACAUUUCCAGCCUGGAUCUCUCUGAUAAUGGAUUGGACUCAGAACUGUCUGUUCUGCUCGUUUGGUUAGCCAAGAACCGCUCCAUCAAACACUUGUCUUUGGGCAAGAACUUCAACAACAUAAAGUCAAAAAACCUUGCUCCCGUGUUGGAUGGCCUGGUUCACAUGAUUCAAGAGGAGGAAUCACCCCUCACCUCCCUGUCUCUCGCAGACUCCAGACUCAAAAGCGACCUGACCAUCGUUCUCAACGCCCUCGGCAGCAACUCUUCGCUCACCAAGCUUGACAUCAGCGGGAACGCCAUGGGGGACAUGGGGGCUAAGAUGCUUGCAACUGUUAUCUGGGAUAAAAACAACACCAGCCCUCAGGGUCUUCAGGAUGUAGCAGCUGCAAUGGAAAAGAACUUUACUAUCCGUUUCAUGCCCAUCCCUAUCAUCGAUGCCUCCCAGGCUCUGAAGGCGAGCCCUGAGAAAACAGAAGAUGCUCUGCUAAAGAUUGAGCAUUAUUUAUACAGGAACCAUGAGACGAGGAAGUACCUACAGGAGCAGGCUUAUCGGCUUCAGCAGGGCAUUGUUACCACCACCACGCAGCAGGUGAUCGACCGGRUUUGUGUGAAAGUUCAGGACCACCUGAACUCUCUGAAGAACUCUGAGACUGAUGCCGUCCUGGAAGACGUUCGAUCAGCAGAGAACCUCAUUAAAGACGCCAGGAACUCUAAAACUCUUCUCCCUAAUCUUUACCACCUUGGGUCAGCRUCCAGAGAGGAACUGAUCAGUUCAUCAGUGGGUCCCAUCCAGGAAAAACUAGAGUCCAUGGCUGGGGAGGUGACCUCUGUCAUGGAUCAGCAGCUGCAGACUCUCUUAGAGUCCAUGAUGGACACAGCUGAGUCUCUGUGUCCCCACGUGAUGAAGAGGAGUAAUCUUCGUCCGGAGCUGAUGAAGGCCAGUUCAGCCAGGAUGGCUGUGCCUAAAAGYUUCGUCACAAAAACCCUCCUGGAGCAGUCAGGGGUGGAUAUUAUCAACAAAAUCAGUGACGUAAAGCUGAGUCUGGCGUCUUUUCUGUCUGAUYGUAUAGUUGAUGAGAUUUUGGAGGCUCUGUCUUCGUCACAACACACUCUGGCGGACCAUCUGGUUCGUCGAGGUCGCCCCUUGGUGCAGCAGGAGUCGGUGGAUCUAGAUGUACCAGAAGAGAAGAUUCCUAAGCGGGCGUCGACUGAGAUACUGGAGGCAGAGAGGCUGGAGGAUCUGGAGUCCUGUAUGAUGACUCCUAAAUCCAAAAGGAAAAGCAUCCACAGUCGAAUGCUGCGCCCCGUGUCUCAUGCUUUUGAGAUGGAGUUUGACCUGGACAAGGCCCUGGAGGAUGUUCCUAUCCACCCGGAGGACUCUUCCACCUCCUCUCAGACUCCGCCCACUCCAUCUGUGGCCACGCCCAAACAGGAUCAGCGUCCRGCAGCGAGGAUCGCAGAGCUGCCGUCCGAGGAGGAGAAGAAGCUGCAGCACUUCACCAAACUACGACCUCGGAGGAACAAAAAAACUCAUUCUAGUAAAGUAGCUCAAAUCAACAGCACUCCGUCUCAUGAUGGGGAGCAGAAUGGCCUCAUGGGAAGGGUGGAUGAAGGAGUGGAUGAGUUCUUCUCUAAAAAGGUCACCAAGAUGAGUUCCAAACGUUCCUCAARGAGUUCAGAGUCUCAGGAUGGAGAGAAGAAAAAGAGUAAAGGAGGGUUUCUGAACCUCAUCAAACGAUCCUCUAAAUCAGACAAGUCUGAUAAGWCAGAGAAAAACCAGGCAGCUCCAUCAUCCGGUGGUGCAUCCUCUGUGGCUCCAGGAUCCAACAUCCCCGAGGAGCCCUCCUCUCCAAAGGGGCCAGUUAAGAGCCCAGCACCUGAACCAAAAUCCAGAGACGCCUCCACCCGCUCGCAGCACACCGACUACAGCAGCAGCUCCGACCGCUCCGAGGAGCUGAGGACGCCGGACUCCAUGGACGAACCGUGGGACGGAUCAGACGGGAGGGGGAGUCCUCAGGGUGGGAAGCGGUAUCCCGGGGURCAGAUGAUGGGCAGCGGCCUCCUGGCAGAGAUGAAGGCCAAACAGGAGAGGAGAGCAUACAAGUCUUCCAGUCCUGAUCGGCCUGACAGCAAUGCAACAGCAGCCAAGCCCCAGUCCRCAAACACAGACACCAGGUCUCCCAGUGGUUCCAUCAACAGAGCCGACACCGCUCCUUCAGAAAAGACCUCAACACGGGUGGAAACAAAACCAGAACCAGCCGCUCGUCUCAGAGCUGCGUCUUCCUCCAGUUCUCCUGCAGGACCAGUAAGUCCUAAACCACCGGUUCCACAGGGAGCGAAGCCUGCGCUGGCUGCUCGACCCAACAUCCCACAGAAACCGAGGGCCAGCAGCAGCAGGAGCGUAGAUGAGAGUUCGGAUGCUCCCAGGGCCGGCUGUGUAUCUCCCAAAGUUUUCCCCUCCACAGUGAAAAAGACGCUCUCAGAGAAAGACAAGGAGACCAACAAAACCACUCAGGAAGGGAAAUCCAUGUCCAACACUGUUCAGAGAUCCAGCACCAACUCCAAGGAUCAAAGCUCCCUCAAACUCAACAAGGACAAGUGUCCAAACCAAGACAAGGGAACAAGGAAGAAGUCAUCAGACUCAGGGGAAGAGGCAGACAAGGACUUUAUUCUAAUAUGAUCCUUUUAACGAGCCUCACAUUCCUCUUUAGAGUAGCAGGAAUGUAACUAUUAUUUAAUUUAUAUUAGAGUAUGCAUUAGCACGUCCUGUUCGACUUCAGAGUACAAAAUUAUAUUUGAUAAGUUGGACACUUGGUAUGACUUAAACCAAAACUGUUUAAUCUCACGAGAGCUUCCUUCUUACAAACAGAACAGCCUUUUCUCUCCAUCAGCUGCCAGCCUUGUUCUUACUCACGUUUCUUACUAAAACCUCAGGGUUUGAGAAAAUGCAGCGUCAGCAGGUUUGGUCAAGCUCACUCAGUCUGUAAACGAGAAAUGACAAAUGAAGUCCAGGUUUGACGAAAACACCAGAAAGACUGCGAACAUGAGCGUAAAUAUAAAAUCACUGUAACUAACAAACUGCUGUUUUUUUUAAAUUUAUUUUUAUUUUUACUGUAUGUAGCCAUAGCCUGACACCCAGGGACCAAACACACAAAUAGCCAUUACAGCAGGAUUACAACACUUGAAAUCAAACAUACCGGCAAAAAAAAAAGGACAAUAGAUUUUGACAAUGUUCUAUUUUCAUUGGUGCGCAAGUUGUUGCUUUUUUAACCAGGCUUCUUAGAUGACUGAAUCAAUUAUGCAAUUUUUAUUUUUGACGCAGAUAUACGGUCUUCAGCUGAGAAUCUCAGCACAAAUAUGAGAAAACUGAAGUUUUGAAGUUAUUUUCCUGUCAGUGGAGCUAAAACCCACUGAGUGAACCGGAGUCUGUCUCUGUGUGAAAGCUGGAGUGACYAUAUGACGUGUUGCUGCUCCCAGAGGACUGUGGUACACCUUACUGAAAAUCAAUACGGCUUCAGGACUGUUAAAACAUGCUCUGUUUAGACACUGUGAAGAAAAAAAACAGCCUUUUAUGUUUAUUUAGGCAGAGGGUCUGGACUUAAAUUUAAAAAGCAAUACAGAGUAAUUGUACCUAUUUUGGAGCACCUCCUUUUGAUUCUGGUUGAAUAAAGUUUCACUUAUGUGAUUGUUUUUUUUUUUWAACGAGGCACAUUAAACGUCAGAUUUAGUCUGAACUGCUCAUCCUGUAGAUUAUUUGUGUUUAAUACUCCUGUAGUGUGCUAACUGUCCAGUGAUGACAAGGAACUCGCUCAAAAAGAGGCGGGAAGUCAUGUGAGACUAAAGCUGCGUCAGUGGGUUUUUGUGUGUUAGCAGAACACUGAGGGGGACUCCAGCUUUUAUACACUCCUCUUCCUCAAUUCAUACAUUAUAUGUAUGUAUAAUAUAUAUAUUUAAAUGUAACUCUUUGACUCCUUUUCUCAGAGACUUUUUUUUAAUUUUCCACCUGUGUUUAAAGUCGUGACAUUAGGUGGUGAAACUGAAGGUAGCUGUCGUUUGGCUAAGUGGUUAUUUUGUUUUACAUCAGCGUGGCUCUGUAGUCAGUUCUGUUUUUUUUAUUUGCUAAAGGAGAUAAACGUCAGUUUUCACACUGCUGUACAGACAGAAACCUGAUUCUCAAAUUUAUGUUGUGAAAAAAAAAUGCCUAUUAUCAGUUUAUAACCCAACUUUUGUUUGUUUUUCAUCCAGUUGGACUCUUACAGCUUAGGAUUGAAAUUCUUAAAUUCUGAUUUCGUGUUGUAAUUGAGUUAUGUUGCAUCCCAACCUUCAGGGUCUUUGAUAAAAAUAAAAUAAAAUCUAAAACCAGAAAUGCACACUUCUCGUUACAUAAAUUCAAUAAUUUAUAGACUGUUUGCAGUGUGGUCCUUUGUCAUCUGCUAACAACUUCAAGAGUCUGUCGUAAUCCGUUUGAUCCCAAAAUUUAUUUUACAACUCUUGUGCCAAACUUUGCUCCAUCACUACUGAUAAUUGUGCACUUUUUAAUGGUUCCUAAUGAGCCACAGCUUCUGUUCUCCUUUUGUUACAAAAGUCCAAUUCAGAUCAGGGUUGAAGGUCUUACUGGUGCACCUUGUCCUACACUGUGCUUUCUAACAGUGUCCUUUUAUGAAGUGAUUUCUUUUUCUUUGGAUCAACCAUAGUUUACAAAAAAAAAA